CUACCAUCCACGACCUCGAUACGACCCGGUAUACGUCCGGCUGGGGCACCCAGUCUCAUGAAUAGAAGAAUGGCGUCGUCCAUUUACUUUCCAGUACCGCCUCGGCGCAACAUGAAUCUUCCCCAUUAUUCGUCGACCCUCCCAUCCGCAGUCCAGGAAAAGAUGAAUCGUCGGGCACAAUCUCGUGCAUGGUUUAUUCCUGUAGCUAUGCCUAUACCGGGCGUACGCACUCGGAAUCUAAGGCUAUGGAUCCUAAACCUUCACCAGCUUCACCAGUCGAGCCUAUCUAGGUUUGGCAGCAAACGCGGCUCGUUCGUCCUUCUCCUUGCGUUUGCAACCCUCGUGUUCAUCACUUUCGCUCUCGCAAAGAGGUUUGGAACGGAAGAGAAAAAAUGGCCGGCUCCGUUCAUGGACCCGCCGUCGCUGGUGUUCAAAAGGGAGGACCUGCAGAGGAUUUGGCUCUGGGAAAUAGAGAGUGGUCACUAUCCGAGCAGACGGAAACUGCCAGAAGGCUUAGGGCUACGUUCGACACCACUAAAUCCUGCUCUACCACCGCGAAGGACAUCAAUACCUCCUCCGAGAUUCCGGGCACCACCUAGCUUGAUUUCAACUACAACAAAAGGUGUAGGACCCAAGAGAGUAUAUCUGGACAUUCAAAGCCAUCCUCCCGAUGUCGCAUAUCCUCCCCGGCCUGUUCCAGGAAGCGUCGCCGACUUGGAUAUCGUCAUGGAACACUGCGACUUUUCCGAGAAGAAGUACGUUCGCGACUGCUUGGAAGUGCUUAGGGUAGGCGCCGGAUUGGAUAAUUCGAAGCGUGUACGCAGGGGUCGGAUGGACGACUGGAAAUACAUUUAUCUCGAGCAGGCCGACACGAACACGACAGAGAUCGAACCAACAAUACCAUACAUGGAGUUGCCCCCCGGAGUCACCUCUGUUCACGAACCGGCCGACCCAGACAGUGGUCUAACGAAAAAACGCGGUGUGGAAUGGGAGACUCCGCCGGUCCGGCUUCCACCCCCUGCUGAGCACCGUUCGUAUGUGACACUUGACUCUCCAUGCGAUCCAGAGAGCCCUCGGAUAUUUCAUAUGUUCUGGACGGGUCCCUUCACUGACAAGCCCUAUCUCGCCCUGCUUUCAUUUCUUUUCACCCAGAAUACCGGCUUGUACACAAAGGAUUACCCAGUCGCUUCUGCGGCAUGCCGACCACAAUUUUGGUUAUGGAUAAACCCUGGCCCGGCAGCCUCAGUUCCUAAUCCCACUGCCCUUCGCGACAUGUUUGAUCAGCUAAAAGCAAACUCCUGGGCAGCACCGUUCUUGCAUCCCCGUUUCAAAGAUGUCGUCAAGUUCAAACUAUGGAAUACCACGGAACAGUUGGACGGUGUUCCCGAGCUGAAGGACGAAUGGCGGUCACGAGAGACUCUGUUCAACUCUGGAGGGCAUGUCAUCAACGUUCCCAAGGAGGAAAAACCAAGUGGAAGCGGGGCUAAGGCCAACGACACCACCGCGGGUAAGGGACCCUCGACUCCAAAAAAGGACGAAGACGACAUGCUGAAUAGGACGGGCAGUAAAUCAUCAUCGUCGUACGACCGCUUGUCUGUGAUCCUGUCGGACAUGGCGCGGUUCAUUUUAUGUCAUCGCUUUGGCGGUAUCUAUCUUGACGCAGAUACGAUUUUCCUCCGCGACUGGGAAGAAUUAUGGGGAUGGAAGGGCGCGUUCGCCUACAGGUGGUCGCGGUUAGAAAAAUACAACACCGCGGUUCUCCAUCUAAACAAAGGCUCAGCGCUAGGAACGUUCCUCUUUCGUACAGCUCUGAAAAACGAUCUCGAUUUCCAUCCUAUGACGGUGUCAAGAUAUACGAAGGAGGCACAUUUGGAAGGGCUUCUAUUGCGGCUUCCGGACGCACUAUUUGAUUCAGCGUGGCUGAAUACAGAAUACUAUCAGCGCGAGCGACCACCGCAGCCCUAUUUCACAGACUUCGGAGAUUUUUUUGAUACGCCAUCCGUCAGCAAUGCGGCGCCAGAGGCCCUUGGGUUUGAUGGUUUCUUCAAGGGCGCGUUCUCGUACCACUUCCAUAACUACUGGUGGAAGCCGUUUGACCCUGCCCGAAAUUGGCCAGAUUUGGGACCACGAUUUAUUGCUGGUGAGCGGAUAGCGAGGAGUGUGCUUAAGCGGGAAGCGGCUGUACAGCAGGAGGUGCUGGAAAUGGAUACAGAGGUGGAGUUUGAUGAGGACAUGGUGUCUGAUGACCAGCGAGAUCUGGACUGGGCAACUGUGCUGAAACGGACGUUUGAGUCGUACAUACGUGGGGAGCGACCGAAUAUGUAUGGGGAAUGGCUGGUGUGGUAGAGAAAGCCGAUGGAUGAUAUAGAUACCAUGACAUCUACAGGACAACAUACCCUUAUUAAUUUCAUGA